AUAGAGAAAAAUAGGGAAAAAUAGAGAAAAACAGAGAAAAAAUAGGGAAAAAAUAGGAAAAAAAUAGGAAAAAUACAGAAAAAAAUAGGAAAAAAAUACUAAAGAAAAGAAGAAAAGCCCGAGGAGCCCAUCCCGAGGCAGCGCAGGGGCAGCCCCGCGGCGGGAGCGCGCCGAGCCCGCGGAGCGGCGCGGAGCGGGAUGAAUUCGUACUUCACGAACCCGUCGCUGCCGUGCCACCUCGGCGGCGGCCAGGAGGUGCUGCCCAACGUGGCCGCGCUCAACUCCAGCUACGACCCCGUGCGCCAUUUCGGCGGCUACGGCGCGGCCGUGGCGCAGAACCGCAUUUACUCGUCGCCCUUCUACUCGGCCCAGGAGAACGCGGUGGUUUUCGGCUCGGCCGGCCGCUCGCCCUACGAGUACGGCUCGAACGCUUUCUACCAGGACAAGGAGGCGCUGAGCAGCUGCCGCCAGAGCUCGGUCGGGGGGCACGGCACCCCCGGCUCCAUCGCGCAGGAUUUCCCCGGCGAGCAGAGCCGGAGCGCGGCUCAGGAGCAGAAAUCCGGCAUCCAGAUCUACCCCUGGAUGCAGCGCAUGAACUCGCACAGUGGUAAGUUUUUUACGAGCUCGGUCGGGGGGCACGGCACCCCCGGCUCCAUCGCGCAGGAUUUCCCCGGCGAGCAGAGCCGGAGCGCGGCUCAGGAGCAGAAAUCCGGCAUCCAGAUCUACCCCUGGAUGCAGCGCAUGAACUCGCACAGUGGAGGAGGAGGAGGAGGGGGAGCGGCGGCCGCCGACAGCUUGGCCAAGGAGGAGAAGCGCGAUGAGACAGAGGACGAGAAGAAGGAGUGAUGGAUUUUUUUUUUUUUUUUUGGUCGCCAAUCCCCCCCUUUUCCCUCCCCUCUCAUCCCUUUUCAGCCCCUUUUUGUCCUUCCUGGUGUUUAUCGCUGGAGAAAAAAAAAAAAAAAUUAAAAAUUAUGUUGAAAAAGUGUUGGCGGGGAGGGGGGAAAUUAUAAAUAAAUGGAAUAAAAGGGCGAGGCGGGGUGAGAGUGGAGUGAGGGAGAGAAAUGAAAAAGAGGGGGGAAAAUUAAAAAUAAAUAAAUAAAAG